AUGAACCGCGAAACAGUACAAGUUCUGGAAGAGAACAUCUAUUUUGACAUGGAACUUAAAAACGAAACUGGUGCAAGAGUUUACGAAAAUAUUGCAAGUGAUACCCGCACGGUGCCUGAAGUCAAACAAACCGCCUUUGAGAAUGAAAAGGCCAAAAGGAAAGAAGGAUCAACACAACGCAGGAAACACCCACAGUCAGAUGCAGAUGUGGUGCGGCGACUGUUGUGUAUAAUCAUCGCUGUUGUUGCAGUUUUCUUUUUGAUAGCUGCUUGCACUUUGAUUUUAGCCGUGUUGGUGCUGAUGUUUCACCGGGGUGGUACUGCUUCAGCAGAUUUCUCUUCAGUGCAAGGUAAGAGAGCUUUUUCCAGUUUCUUCGGAAUAGGCGUUAAUUACAUGCGGGGGUUUAAGAUGGGCCGCAAUUGGCAGCAUAUGGUGAGGGUGAUCAAAAGCGCAAGAAAAAAUCAAGUUUUUGCACAUCAAAGGUAUAAUACCUAUUUGGCACACGCUGUACAAAGGUUAAGGUGCGUUUGCACAACUCUUGGCAAUUAUUUGACGACUUUAUUCUGUCAUUGAUGCUAAGCUAAUUUGUAUCACCGUUGAGGAAAGGCAUAGACGGCACUAGUUUUGCCACCCGAGACGGGCAUAUGGUAAAGACAUAUUAAGUUAAUUAACCACCUGACACCAUGAGUGAAAAAGGCGAUAUUUCAUGCAGUUCGGACCUAAAAUUGACCAAUCGCAGAACGAGAAAUCGCUAAUGAUAUGUCUCACCGAUAUACAUCGGAAUGGAGACUACAAGGAACGUCUGAAUUUUCAGAUCUCAUUAAUGGUAGUCUAAUUAUCUGUUCGUCUUAAUGAUGCUGCUUCAUUAUCAACAAAUUGAACAAACGUGAGUUAAUACAGAACAAUAUGCGUAUUUUUAAAAAAGGUAAUGAAAGACCGAAUGUUUGAAAUCCUCAACCUGUCAUCAUUUAAACUAAGUAAAAAAAAAAAGGCUUGAAGCAGCAAGCUUAAAAACCCUGUUUUAUAAAGCCAGGGCUAAAAGCGAAGCUCUGGUUAAUAAUACUUACAAACAAAAAAAAUUAAACCGUGUAAUGCUAAACGGGGACGACAAUGAAAAUGGCUUCAAGACUAAUAGAUCUAAUUAGCAAAAAAACAAAUUGCACGUGCAGCACACUUUUUCUUCUAAUUACCAAAAAACAACCGUUGGAGGAAUUGUCGUAUGUACUUACCCAAUAUUUUGUUUCCUGUGUUCAUGUUUAUCCACAUUAGUGUAAGUAUAAAAAAUAACGCCGAAAAAGACACGACUUUGUUGUUGUUUUUUCUUUCUAAAAGUCCGGGCAGCCCUGUGAUUUCCGUCCAAAUAAAACCUUGAGUUGCAUUUGGCUUGCCAUACCUGUUGAUUGAGUUAUUUUACAUUGGUAUGCCUGUGGUGCGGACGGACGGUCAAUGUACGGUCACGUGAUUAACAAAUUUUCUCGGAUAUCCAAACCAUGAUUAAACCUCAUUGUCGAGUGAAUAAAGAUUUCAUUUCGGGACGGGUAAUACAGGGCUUGUGUACUGACUUGGCAUUAAGGGAGUUGUAGUUUUUCCACAUCAUAAUGCUAACGUUAAAUUUACUAAAUUCUUUGCACUAUUUUGUCACCGAGACGAAGAAAGGCCGACGCCAUCUGUGAAAUUAACUGAUUUUGCCCGGGUACCUUCAACGUAAGGAGCGGGAAUCAUUUGUUUGUACAUGAAAAUGUCCUCACGCAGUGCUUUCACGGCCUUGUUCAAACAUAAUUCUUUAUGGCGAAUGAAACCGCUCAAAAUGAAAGACAUUUUUCGGGGGUCAAAUUGCGUAACAGUCUGAAAGACCAUUAGUACGUGCUGCCUCGUCCCCAGUCGCUCGCGUCCUCUCAUGUUCCUCAAUCCCCACUUAGCCUUGGGAAAGCGUGUGGAGUAGGCAGUAGUACGUGUGUAGUCUUAGCUCUUUGAACAUAACUUAAAACUUGCGAUGUACAUUUAAGACAGAGAGUGAUGAAACGUCUUUUCAAGUCGCAUUGAACGUUAUUGUAAUUAUUAUUUGAUUGCCUUAAUGAUGCCGCACUUAACCAUAAAAAAAAAUUGAAAAAAUGUUUGCUAUUGUAUGAAAUUGGUCUGUAUUAAAUGAUAAAGAACCAGAGUAAAUAGGCUCAAAUGAUAGCCUGAGGCAAAAGGUCAACACAACGUUUACUUUAUGACUUUAUUAUUUUACUCAUUUAUUUUUACAAGCCCUAGUACAGAGACCAAGUGCUUGAAUUACAGAAAACAACUGAAAAAUAAGCUUCAAAAAUAAAGAGGUUCGACACAAAACGUGUGCAUAUUUAUACAACAAGAGGAACGUUAAGACCACUCUUACAUUACUUCGUGUAUUAAUCAAUUUAUGUCAAAGAGUUAAAUUUGUUUAAGCUGUCCAAAAUAUAUACUGUACUUCUUUGUUUAAGAUGAUUAAUCAAUCACGAUAAAGGCUCAAUCCUAUUCAGCUGUUGGCAACUCAAAAUACAUACAAACGAAUGAGCUUAAGAAAGCGCCAAAUUUAUUAAUAUGUCAAUGGUAAAACGGUGUCAAAAUCGGAUUAAAAUCGCACCACACUUGAAUAGACGACAUUUGUCCCUUUAGACCGAUCUAAAGUAGACUGGUGAAUACAGAUGCAAUAUCCUAAUUCCCUAAAUCUGAAUUUAUGCCGGCUUUCGACCGGCGGUUUCGCAGCGCAAUCGGCUGAUCCAAUGUCUGGUUACAUGUCAUAAGACUGAAAUUUCAACUUUGUGUCAUCUGAAUCGUUACGAAUACGUCAUGUUCAGUAUAAACGUUUCACUGGUCAAAGUAGUCAAAUAAGGCCCAUUAGAGUCUUGUCCAUACUAACGCGUUAUCGAUAGCCUCCGUUCUCGUUCACGCUAAAACCAUCACGCUCUCAGCAAAAACGAAAGUGUUAACCAGCGGAGGCUUUGGCUUUGGUAGGCUACCAAAGCCACAGAAGUCAAACUAAAGCCUCCGCUGUUCAACACUUUCGUUUUUGCUGACAGCGUGAUGGUUUUACCGUGAACGCAAAAGAUGCAUUCAAAACAUGUAUGAAGACGGGGUCUAAAUUACUCUCAUUACAUUACCCUAUUUUCCAGUAAAAUCGUCGAGACCGAUCGAGCGCGUAGAAAAGGGACGCGAUCUUUAUUUCAGGGAAGUGUGAGUUGGGAAAGACUGUCAAAUCUACCCAAGGGGCCAAGCAGGACCUUGGAUAUAGAUUGCAGGAAAACAAAAUCUCGUAGGACCUCGUACUUUUCCUUCAGUUACUGACUUGUCAACUGUCAAAGUUGUAACAUUGGCAGACCAUGCCAAUGUUACAACUUUGGCAGUUGACAAGUCAGUAACUGAAGGAAAAUUGAACAUGAAAGGUCGCCCCCUGUAAGGGAAUUUGGAUUCCAGAAUCCUCGAAUUUCUUUAUCGUGGAAUCCGGGAUCCUGGGCUUGGAAUCGGGAAUACCGCUAAGGAUUGGAAUCAGGAAACCAGGUUCCACAAACAAACAACCUGGAAUCCGGAAUCCACCACGUGAAAUCCAGAACCCAAGGGUGCUUUCUUUUGGGAUGAUCUGGAUCAGGAUCUGUGAUCCGAGAUCACUCGGAUAAUGGUAGAUCAAAUGAACCGAUGAAUCCUUGUCCAGAGUGAAUUCAUCGGUUCAUUUGAUCUACCAUGAUCCGAGUGAUCUCGGAUCCCUAAUCCUGAUCCGGAUCAUCUCAAAGGAACGCACCCAAGACUCUCUUGGAUUCCAUUACAUGGGGUGGGAAAGGGGACAAUUCUAGGAUGCGCGUAUCAAUUUAUAACUACUGUAAGAAGAUGAUGAAGAUAUUAUUAUCCUCGUGUUAAUACUGUGUUGCCAUUUUCGAUGUUUCCAUUUGUUUCCAAAUUUUAACCUCUCGCUCGUCUAAAUUAUUUUGACUCGCUUAUUCUGAUUAAUAGAUAAUUAUUUUCUUUGUUUUUCUUGUGUUUCAGUGGAAGUAACAAAACUGGUAGCGGAAACUGAAGAAAUGAAGAAAAAUCUUUCUUUCAUUGCCAGUAGUUUAAAGGUAGGUACGGUUAUUUUGCCUGCGUAUGAACUGACAGUGUUCGCGUCAAACACAACAAUUUAGAAAAUUGUCUUUCACAUCUAGUCUAUCACACCUGUAACGUAUAUUUUUCUCCUCAAGGACAAAAUAGGAGCACUAUCGCAAGAGAUACAAACAACCGGACUAGAUGUUAAACAACUCAGAGUGACUCAAAAGGUAAUCUCAUGGUGCAUCAGAAAUUGCGUCAGUGCCUUUGAUUCAUUUAUUAAACCUUUGUGGCGUUAUCAGCUGCCCAAGUCCAAACAGCUCAGCUGAAACCCUACACGACGGCCACGCAUUAGAACAGAAGAUAGUGGCCGUUGCUGAGUGAUGACCGUUGAUAGAGGUUCGACUGAAAUGAGCAGAUAAAUAACAUUAAUAAAUAUUAAAUAAAUGAUGAUGAUGAUAUUAAUAUUAAAGAUAGUAAUAAUCGACAUAGCAUUCCCUGAGGACACCCGUAUAAGAGGAACGAGAAGAAAAGACUCAAAAGGUAAAUUCAGGCUAAAAGGCAAAUAUGAAUGACAGAAAAUUCGAGCAUUGCCUUAAAGUAAGGCCCCGUCCACACGUAUCCAAAUAUGAAUGACAGCGAAAACGGUUCGGUGUAUCCGGGCUCCAGAGUGGACCAUCCGGAUAGGUGGACGCUCGUAUCCGUACAUUUUGUAUACGCUGACGUCACAGUAUCAGAACCAGUCUUAAUGCGCAUGCUCUGUUGACUAAUCCUUUGAGAUGUCCGGGUACGAAUCGGAUACGUGUGGACGGUCGUAUACGAUUCGUAUACGCUACGUGUGGACGCAGAUAUUUUUGUAUCCGCAUAAAAAAAUUUGCGGAUACAAAAAUCUCCGGAUACGUGUGGACGGGGCCUAAGAGGACUUUGGACCGCCAUUUAUUUUCUUACAACGUCAUAGAAACGUAAGUCAUUAGCCAUUAUAUCUCCAACGGUAUAAAAACAUAACGUGUUCUCUUCCACUAGCUCAAUAAAACAGCACUUUGGCAGGCAAUACAUACAAACAGAGAGGAAGUGAAACAUCUAAUUGAAAAGGUAACUACAAUUUAAACAGAAAUUAAUGAAGUGUUAAUAAGAGAUUCAACGCUGUAGAGAUUUCCAUCAUGCAGCCGCCAUCAUGAUCACCUCAGUUAUUGCCCACAAAUAAAAUAAAAAAACAACGAUAUUUAGAGAGGGUGUUCGAAGACCUGAUAAACCCUUCGCUCUUUUAAGUGUCCCCUGCAAACCGGAAGACACUCUAUAUCGAAUUGGAAUAUGGAAAGAGGGAAAACCGGAGUACCCGAAUGAAAAACCUCUCGUAGCCGCCGCCAGAUAAGACAACCAGCAUAAAACUCAAACACCAUAUGGUGUCGCCGUCGGGACCCAGAUCCAGGCCAUAUUAGCGGGAGGCAAGUGCUCUCACCACCGUGCCCUUAUAGCUUUCCAAGGCUGUGAAUAUACGUAGACUAAUUUAGUAGUCUUUGCUGAUGACAUACUUCUUUUCUUUCUCUAGUUGAUGAACAUCAGUCACAUUGAAGGUCCGAGGGGGCCCAUGGGGCCUGCCGGAUCCCCAGGAUAUAAUGGUACCCGGGGCCUUCCUGGUAUUGCCGGGCAACCAGGAUCCCCUGGCCCGCCUGGUUCUGGCAAUCUGUCACAAUGUUCUUACAAGCAAGACAAAAGUCCUCCUGUUACAGGGGGCGAUAAAGCUCAAGUAAACGUCAAGGCAACUGAGAAAAAGGUAGGGCAUUAAUAGCAGAAGGUAUCGAGAGGAUUAUCGUAAGAUAAUCUUUAAGCACUAAAGCUAAACUUUCCACUUAAAACCGUCCUGCGGAAAAUGAACCAGCAUAAGACAAUGAGGAUGAGUUCAAAGUCUAAAAAAUUACAAAAACAAAAUACAAAAAAAGCAAAAACGGCUUGUAAGUUUCAAGCUCCUUUUUGGUUUUAAAUACUUAAAAUUGGCAGCCAGUAAACCCAAUAUGAGUCAUUUGAGUUUGAUGACCAAUGUAACGAUCACCAAGGUACGACUCAAUCAUAAAUCAUGAACAACAUCCGCACGCGCAAUGGUAGUAGUGCACUGACCACUAGUUCCUUUUGUUAAGGCAAAAGUUUCUAAUUAUCAACAAGUUCCUGUGAUUGGGUACGUUGACUUGGGCGUGGUUCAGACGCCGUAUUUUUCAUGUGCCGAGCCUAAUUGAAUAAGUUCGACUUUGGAGCGACACUGGCGCGACAUCUGAUUCAGACGGCGCACCGUUUGCCAAGCCUUAGUUAAGUUCGACAAAAGUUUGACAGACUCUGUCGAACUUAGCGCUUUUCCCGCACCGAACUAAAACUGCCGUACCAAACUGAUUCAGACGCCGCUCUUGUGCCGUACUAAAUUCAUCAGUUAGGUUAGGCACAUGAGGAGAGCGGCGUCAGAACCGGGCCUCAGAGCCUUAAUAAACGACGAACGCUCACGUCCCCAUCAUUUUUUUUAACCAGUUUAAAGAUGUCAAAAGAAGCAAUGCUCACAUAUCGUUUAGGAACCUAACAUUCAGUAACUCCCACCAUUUCAAUUCAUUAGUUACUGUUCUUUGCAGGGUCAGAAAUUCCUUGGUGUGAAUUGUGGAACAAAUGAUGCAUCCGUUGUGGAGCUCACAAGCAAAGUCACGUCGGAUGGCUUUAGAGAAUACCAGUGCAAUUGUAAAAACACUGUUAAUAGCGGAGACCCGACAAUGUAUUGUUACAUUCACUACUGGGAAUGUCCAGUGUGA